AUGCCUCAAAUAGAACAAUGGGAAGUCCAAAAGUACUGGGAAAUCUUUUCCGGCCUUAAACCAACCCCAGCUGGCCUCCUCUCUGGAGACAAGGUCUCAACCGUUUUUAAAAACUCACAACUCUCCGAAGACAAACUGGCCAAAAUCUGGGAUCUGGCCGAUGUAGACCAAGACGGUAACCUCGACUUUGAGGAGUUCUGUAUUGCCAUGCGAAUCAUCUAUGAUAUUGUAAAUGGUGUUUACUCAGACCCCCCAGAAACUCUCCCCCAAUGGCUCGUCCCUCAAUCCAAAUCUUACCUAGUCGAAGCAAACCAAGCAAUCUCUGGUAACGGCCCAUCACCUUCUUCCUCGCGUCGAAGUAGUUCUUAUGAUGACGAUGAAGACCUUUCUCUCUCUUCCGACUUUGAUUGGUAUAUCUCACCAUCCCAACGUAACGAGUACAAUGCAAUCUACUCUGCAAACGCAGACUACCAUGGCCUCAUCUCAUUUGAUGCUCUCACAGAACUCUACCAAACUUUAGAUAAUAUCCCCCGCACUGACAUCUCUUCCGCUUGGAACCUUGUCAACCCCCGUUCAAAUGAAAAAAUAGAUAAGGAACAAUGCAUUGUGUUCCUUCACAUCCUUUCCACCCGCUCAAAAGGCUUCCGCAUCCCCCGCUCUGUCCCAGCAUCUCUCCGUGCAACUUUUGAAAAAUCCGCCCCAGAAUAUUCCCUCAACUCUUCCCAGUCAGUGAUCCGCCGUGGCAAUGACGACACAGACUCUUCUUCGAAUAACAAAAAAUCCUUUGCCAAUGACUACCUCACCCGUCUAGGACUUGGUGGUCGUUCAAAGGGUGGCAUUGAUAAUACUCAAGGCACAGACUUUUCAUCAACUCGUGACACGGAUUGGGAAGAAGUCCGACUCAAACGUCAGCUCGCAGACCUCGAAGAUCUCAUCAAAAAAGCAGAGGCUGCUACCGAACGCCGCAAACGAGGCAUUGAGGAUUUCAAUUCAUCUAAAACUGGUCUUCUCAAACGCGAACUCGAACAACUCCUCGCUUAUAAGGAAAAACAACUACUGGCAUUACGCAAUGGUUCCCUGAAAAAGGGAUCUUCUGCAGAUGACUCGGAAAAUAGAGCCCUUCAAGACUCUCAGGAAGAAAUUGAUCUUCUUACAGUUCAAAUCGAUUCCCUUAAACAGCAUUAUACCAAACGUCAACAUGAAUUAGAAACCCUUAGGCAACAGGUCGAAGCUGCGCGAUAA